AUGAAGCACUUUCACAAAAGCUCGACGGUAACCUCGCGGAGACAGGCAAGCCGGUCGACCGUCUACACGGUCUCCCUGUUGGGAACAAGGACAUCUUUCACAGCAAAGACAAGAACUUGA